AGCAUAAACGAAGAGAGAGAACCGUUAGACAGAUUGCGUAUUCAUUUGAAAGCCAUCUAGGAACAUAUAAAGCCAGAGAGAGACCAUCAAACUCAUACUCUGCGAAUCCCCUCCUCUCUCUAUCUCUUGGUUCCCUGCAAUGGCUGUCGAUGCAGCUACUCUCUCAGGUCUCAACCACCGCCCUCGUAUCCCUCUUCCCCAACAAAAGCGAAACCCCAAAAGCCAGAUUCUUUUCCUGCAUUUUCCUGGCAAAAAACACUUUAUAAUUCGAACAGUGAGGGCCGUUCAUGGCGAUGGACAAAAUGGACCUGAUCUCGGGACAUGGACGAAGGAAGCGGUGGAAAUGGAUGAGAGUUCAGAGAUUAAGAGGAGGAGCGAGCACUUUCAGAGAAUGAUGGAGGUUCCUUCUGAUGAGAGAGAUAAGGUUCAGAGGCUUCAGGUCAUUGUUAGAGCAGCGGCCACGAUUGCGGCUGCUCGAGCGCUAAUGGCCGAGAAGCCCCCUUCUCUAAAGCCCCUCUCUGCAAUGGUUCCUUCGGAUCAUAGCUCUUCUGCAACCUCUGGUACAAAACUAGAAGGCCAAAAGAACAUUAGCAACCUACCUCUCUCAGAAAUCACAACACGGGAAACUCCUGGUCCAGAUUUUUGGUCAUGGUCUCCUCCUUCAGAUAGUGGCCCGUCUGAGAAAGGAAUGCAGAUACAGAAGGCCAGACAAUCAAGCUUAGAUCAAAAUUCUCAGAAAUCCUUGUUAGAGAAGGAAAGAUCCACUGAUGUGUUGCCAAUUCCUUUUGAAAGUAAUUUGUCUUUACAGGGAAGCAAUCAAAUUCCCCUACUUUCACCUCUUCAAUCACUAGUGGAGGUUGAAAAGGCAGAUGGGUUACAUUCUUUAGAGUCCCCUCCUCUAAAAUCUGAUAAUGCGGUUGAUGUGGUAUUUUCAAGGCAUGCAGAAGAGGCUGCAAUGGCUCUGGGUAAGGUUGGAGAGGCAUCCUCUUUUGGAGUUAAUGCAGAUGGGUCAAGGUGGUGGAAAGAAACAGGCACAGAGCAAAGACCUGAUGGGGUAGUUUGUAGGUGGACACUUACAAGAGGAGUGAGUGCAAAUAAUGAUGUGGAAUGGGAAGAGAAGUACUGGGAGGCCUCUGAUGAGUUUGACUAUAAAGAACUUGGGUCUGAGAAAUCAGGUCGAGAUGCUGCUGGAAGUGCUUGGCGUGAGUUCUGGAGGGAGUCGAUGUGGCAGGACCUAAGUAGUGGCCUGGUGAAUAUGGAGAAAACUGCAGACAAGUGGGGAAAGAAUGGGAAGGGUGAAGAGUGGCAUGAGAAAUGGUGGGAGCACUAUGAUGCAUCAGGAAAGGCUGAUAAGUGGGCCCAAAAGUGGUGCCACAUCGAUCCAACAACACCUCUAGAACCUGGUCAUGCUCAUGUUUGGCACGAGAGGUGGGGCGAAGAAUACGAUGGGAAGGGUGGCAGCAUGAAAUAUACUGACAAAUGGGCAGAGCGCUCAGACUUUGGGGGUUGGACAAAGUGGGGUGACAAAUGGGACGAGUCUUUUGAUCCCAAUGGCCAUGGUGUUAAGCAAGGCGAGACUUGGUGGGAGGGGCUUGGUGGUGAACGUUGGAACCGAACAUGGGGUGAGCAACACAAUGGCUCGGGCUGGGUUCACAAGUAUGGGAAGAGCAGUAGUGGUGAGCACUGGGAUACUCAUGUUCAGCAAGACACUUGGUAUGAGAGGUUCCCUCACUAUGGCUUUGAUUUGUGUUUUGAGAAUUCGAAGGAGUUGAGAAAAGUGACAAAGCCGAAGAGGCAUGAGCUAUGAAAAGCAUCGGAAACUGGAGUGGCCCUAAACUUUUUAUGUUCUUCCUUUUUUCUCUCUUCAUUUUUCUGUUGGUACUUUGGGAUGCACUUUUCUUGCUUGCUUGAAGCUAUCUUUUUUCUUUGAUGUUUCUUUAUUUGUUUUACCUGUCUGUAAUUUUUCAUGAUCUGAAUACUUGCGUGUAGCAUGUGGCCCAUGCGCUUGGCCUGAAGCCUUAGUUUGAACUUUGAAGGGAGCAACAUCAAUGUUUUGUUUUCAACAUUGAUUCAUGUAUGUAGUUUAUAAGAAUAAAUUUUCUAUGAUGGUUACAUUAA